AUGAUGGACUCAGACCUGGAGCCGUUCGAUUGGACGGCAUCUCUACCUUCUCAACCAGCCAACCCAAUAGAUCUCGGUGGAGCUGGCGCCGUAUGUGAAACGAAACGAUUUGAUUCGUUUUAUAAUACCUCUGGAGACCGAGUCAUUCUACCAGCUGGCAAGAAGUACACUUCUAGAACGGCGCGUGCCAAUGAAAGUGCUUUGACAGUCACAAACCACUGGGAUAAAGAGCAGGACCUUGAGAAAACUGUGCUUGAGAUCAAAUCACCGUUUAUGAAAGCGGCCCUCAAGGCCGCCAUUCCGGAGUACGCCACUUUCAAUAUCGAUGUUAAAAAUAUCACCAUCACUGGUAAGCCUCAUUGUCUAUUCCAAUACCGUGAGGAAAUCAUGAGUUACGGGCGAACAUUGUGGGAAUGUCAGAAUGAGGAAGCAGCGAAACACAUUCAACACCUCAUCUCUCACAUGUGGGAGGUAUUUGCAGAGGAGAUAAUUCCUUUCCAUGCUUUGGAAUGGCUCGCAGAAUUUGAACCAGGUCUGGAGCAUAAGCACCUGUGGAUGAUUUUCAGGCCUGGAGAUCUCGUAUAUGUCCGAGACGAUGUACCAUGGGCUUUCAAACUUGACAGAAUGACACUGUCGGGCAAGAACUGGCUCCUCUAUGGGAUGGAUAUCGAUUAUAACGGUAUUCAUUUUGGUUACUCUGAAAGCCAUGGGCAUAUCGAUCAUUAUGAAGGUUUGAAACCGCUCAGAGAGCUCCAUAUCGUGCCCUUCCAUCGUUUGCAAGGCGAAGAGAAGCAAAGUAAGAGGGAAAUGCUUAUAUCACGUGGUCGCAAGUUUGUGGGCAUCCAUGGAAAACGUUAUCUUUGGUUUGAAGACGGCCCUGGCAAAUCUUCGGGUUGGAUGAAAACUCGGAUUAUGACAGAUCAUGGCGGUUGGCGGGACAGUGGUUUGGGCUGGUAUACGUCCUUACGCGAUGACAAGAAGAAGUACAAACCUGAAGAUGUCCUAGAAAGCCUGACAGAAGAAGAGUUCAUGAUUUGCUACACUCGCGUUGCAGGAUAUUCGUUGAGGGAGAACAAGUGGGGGAGAUUUGACAUUGAUGAUAUCGGAGAGAUCAAUUUCGACCCAGAAGCUUUCAACGAUCUCAUUCUGCCAAAAGAUCAGAAGGCGCAACUACUUUCUCUUGUAGGUGUACACGAGGACGAUAAAUUUGCCUUUGACGACCUCAUUAGAGGAAAGGGGAAGGGAAUGACAUUCCUGCUCUACGGGGAACCUGGCCUUGGGAAAACUCUGACAGCUGGUCUAGAAAGUGUUGCGGACUACUGCAAGAAGCCUCUUGUUCGGCUUGAUGCCGGAACACUUGGGACCUCUCCAAAGUCGGUAGAAGAGGGAUUGAGGAACGCUUUCCAUCUUGCAGAAAGAUGGCAUGCGCUUCUUCUUCUUGAUGAAGCCGACGUGUAUCUUGAACAAAGAAGAUCAAGAAACCUGACUCACAAUGGUGUUAUUUCCGUGUUUCUUCGAAUGAUCGAAUACUAUCAUGGCAUCCUUUUCUUAACAACAAACCGUAUCGGCGCAUUCGACACCGCUUUUAUCUCCCGCAUUCAUCUUGCAAUCUGCUACCCACCUCUCACUCGGCCCAGUCGAAGUAAAUUACUGUUCAAUUUUCUCAAGCAAAUCUCCCUGACGAGCGCAGAAGCUCUGAGACUCGACGGCAGUCUCAAAAAAAUCGCAAAAGAAAAACUGAAUGGCCGACAGAUCAAGAAUCUUGUUCGUACGGCAUGUGCCUUGGCACGAGGGGACAGUAGCGCGGACGGCAACAUCUAUAGACGCCACUUGGAGAUGUCCCUGCGACCUAUGACAAGGUUUCAUCAAACGAUGGAGCGUGUGAGGCUGAACGAGGAAAGACACGUGUUGGGCGCAAAGGAAGAAGUAGAAGAAGAAGUACAAGAAGAUGAGAUGAAUUCGGAAGGGAAUGAGACUAGUGGUUCAGAAGAUGAAGGGGAUUCAGACGGCAAGAGUGAGCAGGAGGACGUCGAGGAAAUUGCAGAAUCGGAAUGCGAAAUUGACUUGACCGGCGAGCAGAAUUUGGAAGAUGAGCUGGAUACAGAGAAUGGUGUUCACGAUGAUAGCGACGGCAAUGAGGACACUGAAUCCCAUCAGAACAAGCGUAGGCGGUUGAUAUAA